AUGGCAUUGGCAAUGCCAGCUGGAUACACCUUUCGACGUGUCCCCCCUCCCAACACUUACACCUGUCUCCUCUCUCCCCUUCCAUUUCCAUUAUUCUCCCCCAACCCAAUCUUCUUUUCUACAUCCUUCACACUCCAAGGUAAUCCUCCGUUCUUUUACCCUCAAAACGACCCUCGCCUUUCAGAUCUCUCUCAUGAGGUGGGAAGCUUUGUGAGGUGGAUUAGGAACAUGGAGUGUUGGACGUCGGUGGAUGGGGUGGUGGAGGAGAUUAUGAGGAUUCACAGAUCUCUGCCGCCGCGCCCUGCAAUUGACGAGGUCGAAGCAGCCAGAGGUUUGAUCGUCAAUGUCGACAAGGAAGACCAGGCUAGGCUGGACUCCAUAGCUCGACAGACCAAGGGGGUGGAUGUGCCCGAAGAGCUCUUCAUGGUGCUCCAAGAGAUGCAGAGGAACGUCGUCUUUUACCAGAGCAAGGACCAGAAGAGGGAGGCUCUCAAACUUUUCGAUCUCGACAACGUUCAUUCUCUGUUCGAUGAAUUGAUUCAGAGAGCUUCAAAAUGCGUUUCCUCUCCCUCUGCUUCCUCUUCUCGCAAAACAAGCUACUCUAACGGCUCCGCUUCCUCGGUUUCCCCGACUUUGUCCAAGAAUUCCGUUUCUGCUUCGGUUUCUGUUGGUGAUUUUGAUAAGCCCCUGCCUGACCCUGCUGCCACUGCUGCUUCCUCUACUUCUAGAAUGUUCCACUCGGCGAAAGAACGCCCCGAAUUGGUCACGCGAGAUGACAGUUACGUCAAGAAGGCCAAGUCCACGUUUUACUCCAAUGGCUAUGGAGUUGAACAACCCACUAUCCCUUCCAAAGCCAGUUUAUUGAAUUCAUCGUUAAAACCCACAACCCCUGCAGGUCCAGAUGGGGAUAAGUUGAGUUUGAUAAAGCUCGCUAGCUUAAUUGAAGUGUCUGCGAAGAAAGGGACCCGUGAUCUCAAACUGCAGAACAAGUUGAUGGACCAGGUUGAUUGGCUACCUGAUUCGAUAGGGAAGUUGUCGAGUUUGGUUACUCUUGAUUUGUCAGAGAAUCGGAUUAUGGCCCUACCUGCUACAAUUGGAGGGCUUUCAUCAUUGACCAGAUUGGACUUGCAUUCCAAUAGAAUCUCGGAGCUUCCUGAUUCUGUUGGAAAUCUUCUCAGUCUGAUUUAUCUUGAUCUGCGGGGAAACCAGUUAACUCUUCUGCCUGCUUCUUUUAGCAGGUUGAUACGUCUAGAGGAGCUUGAUUUGAGUUCAAAUCAAAUUUCAGCGCUUCCUGACUCUAUAGGAUCACUUGUUAGACUAAAAGUAUUGAAUGUGGAAACAAAUGAUAUAGAGGAACUUCCUCAUUCUGUUGGUAAUUGUUCUUCCCUUAGGGAGCUUCGUCUUGACUAUAAUAGGCUCAAGGCCCUGCCCGAAGCUGUUGGAAAGAUUCAGACCCUCGAGAUUUUGUCUGUGCGGUACAAUAACAUAAAACAACUACCUACAACAAUGUCGUCUCUAACAAACCUCAAGGAACUUAAUGUGAGUUUCAAUGAGCUUGAGGCAGUGCCUGAGAGUUUAUGUUUUGCCACCUCUCUUGUCAAGAUGAACAUAGGAAACAAUUUUGCUGACAUGAGAUACUUACCAAGAUCCAUUGGGAAUCUGGAAAUGCUUGAGGAAUUGGAUAUCAGUAAUAAUCAGAUACGUGUGCUUCCUGACUCGUUUAGGAUGCUCACUCGACUACGCAUCCUGCGAGUGGAAGAGAAUCCUCUUGAAGUUCCACCAAGAGAUAUAGCUGAGAAAGGAGCUCAGGCUGUUGUCCAAUACAUGGCUGAGCUUGUCGAGAAGAGGGAAAAGAAGGAUGUUAAAUCACAGCCUCUUAAGCAGAAAAAGAGUUGGGCUCAGAUCUGCUUCUUUUCAAAGUCUAACAAAAGAAAACGUGAAGGGGUUGAUUAUGUGAAAACCUGA